UUGUAGAAUUCUCAUUACACGACGUUUCUGAGCAGUUUAAGCCGGAAGACUUCCUCAGGAGGCUUCAGGUUGAGUUCUAUACGGUUAGCGCAGCGAUCAGGGCCUGUAGUUUGACCAAGUCAUCACCAACCAUGACUGGGCUCAUCCACAAUUCAAAAGAGUCGAGCGCGAGGAGUACAGAGGAAGUACAGAAGGAGGAGAAGAGCAAAGAGGCCCCGGAUAUAUGGAAAAGAGCAAGUCGAGUGGAAUCUUGCGAGAUUCUUAGUGAGAAAUGGGGAAGAAUGGUGGAUAGCGUGCUGUGCCAGUCUCGUCGUGACGACGACCAUGCAAUCCUUACUGGCUCCGCUAUAACCGCAUCCUGGCCGUCUUCUGUUCGAGGGAGGAGAGAGAGAGAGCAGACGAGCACCUUUCGUUAUGCGACCGGUACUCGGAGUAAUCGAAACGUUUGUGAAUUUGAGCGUUUAAACCCGCGUCCUCUCGCUGCCGAUAUGCGCGCAACGCCCACCACUUGGCUCUUUGAAGGCGCCAAUUCACUAUGGAUACUGGAGUUCUCCGGCAUUACACACACUAUUAUUGGAGUUUGCGUGAUCGCGAGGGGACGGACGAGGUCUAGUCUCCCUUGUAUAUCGGAUCCACCCUUCAGACGCGCGCAUAGUCUCUUUUUUCUUUCAAAAUCACUGCUUGGCAAGGAGCGUUGCCGCAUCCUGUCUCUUUCUCUCGACGACCGUUAUCCCCAUAUACCUCUCUUGGACACCUGUCAACACUCGCAACAGUAUAUUCCAACAUCCGCUCGCGCCAAGCGGUCCCUGGUCAAAAGCAAAUCUCCACUCCCAUCCCCAUUUACCUCUUUACCCUUGCCCCUGCCAUACGGGACGAAGCGCCAUCUGUUACCGCUAGCCUCUCCCAGCAAGUACUCUCACGGCGCGCCCCUCUCAUCCGACAAUAGCACUUCCUCACCAUCAAAAGUUGUAGAAUUCUCAUUACACGACGUUUCUGAGCA